AUGCAGCAGCAAUCCUCUUCUUCCCCAGGGAACAUAGAGCGACCAGCUUCCGCAGGGGGUGCCAAUCGUGGAAGUCAGAACAUAUUCCAGGAUGCCAACCCUACACUGUCCUCCGAUAUGAAUGCUACCGGUGAAGAAUCAAAGUAUACACCAAGGCAUUGGUCGUCUGGAGGCAGCACAACAGUCUCUCUUUCUAGCAACCAAAUUGCGGAAAAUACCAAGCAUACCGAUAUAGUCCUCAUAAUAUGUGGAUUUGUUGGCGGCCUGGUCGAUGGGUUGUCAUUCAACGCGUGGGGCAGCUUUUCGAGUAUGCAAACAGGAAACACUGUUUUUCUAGCUCUAGGUCCUUCCGGUCAGCCUGCCUACCCGGCGUAUCUAUGGGCCAAGUCCCUCAUCGCACUGAGUGUCUUUAUUACAAGCAACAUUUUCUUCAUUCACCUUCAUCGAAUCCUAACUCCACGACGUCGUUCAACAAUGGUUUUAUCGUUCACUAUUCAGACAUUGGCUCUUCUGGCGACAGCAGUCCUCAUUGAGCUCGGUGUGAUAUCCCCUAAGCCGGAAGAUCCACGUGCCCCUAUUGAAUGGAUGCAAGUUCUCCCGAUUUCCCUUUUGUCUUUUCAGGCGGGAGGGCAGAUAUGCGCAUCCCGAAUUCUUGCGCUGGAUGAGAUCCCUACAGUGGUGUUGACGACACUUCUAUGCGACUUGCUUGUCGAUCCAAAACUCACAGCGAAAGUGAACCCAAAGCGCAAUCGAAGGAUUGGUGCUUUUCUGGCCUUAUUUCUUGGUGCAAUGACUGCAGGUGGGCUUUCGAAGGUCACCGGUAUGGCUUCAAGUAUAUGGUUUGCAAUGGGGUUGAAGCUAGCAAUCACGUUGGGAUGGGCUGUCUGGAAGCCAGAAGGGAGAAAUAAGAGCAGCGUGGAGGUCUGA